CUCCAUAAAAAAAAAAAAGUGAUCUUUACGAAAACCCUAGCUCUCUGCAUCCUUGCUCUCGCACCGGAAAUUCUGUAUCGGACUCCGGCGAUGAAGGUUUUCAAUAUCAACGACGGAAACACUCUCUCUGUUUCCCUCUUCUCCGACGUCACCAACUCCAAGGAUCUCUUGAACUCGAUUCAAGCUGGAACUCUUGAUCCGGAGGUCGCAUUUCUCAAUGCAUCACUCAUCCCGGAUAUAUUUCCUCUAUUAGCUGCUGCUCAUAAAGCACUUGUCUCGAAAUCACGGGACUUGCUAACAACACGAACUCUUCACUCUGAGCUUGUCUACAACUACUCUGGAUCUAAGCAUAUUACAGAAUCCUUGAAACGAUGUGGAAUCUCGGAUGACUCAACCUACAUACUUGCUGCCCGGUUCAAUUCUUCCCCCGACGAGAUGGACAAGGUUGCGAAAUUGAUCAACGGAAAGGAGAUUGAGUUGGAGGAGCUGAAAACUCGGGCAAAUCAGAGCCAGAUACUAAAGCAUUACAAGAUUCCGAGCCAAGAACUCGGAGUAUCCUCCCUUGGUGAUGCAAUAGUUUGUCGAAUCGCUGCCCGUGAUGCCUUGUGAGAGAACAAUCAUAAACAUCUAUGGGCAAGGAUGAGAAUUGUGUUGUGGUCUGUACAUUUUCAUGUCCAAGUUUCUUCCUUUCUGGUUCUUGUUCUUGUCCGAGUUUUCGUGUGAUCUUUAAUUUCAGUUUAUGAAAUUUUACGAUAUAGACGGAAGAGAAAAUAUAUAUAUAUAUGUUGUUUUCA